CAUGGAUUUCGCGAUUCCAAUUCUUCUUCAAUAGUCGCCAAAUUACUUCUCUAGUGUAAGGGUUUCUGUGAACACCGUCCUCCUCCGCACCUCUAACCCGGCCUCUUACUCCGACCUGUCCUCCCCCUCCGCCCGUGCCUCCGUUCAUCGUUUUCACAGACUGCUAUGCACUAAAAUCUCGUCAUUAUUAGUGCGACCAAGAACAUCUUCUAACACAUCAACCUCAUGUUAGGUUUUCCUUAGGUUGGAACACUUCAGUUGAAUAAUGAAGUUUGGUAGAACAGAUUUAUUUUCAAUUUUGCAAGACGUAAAACGCCAAGGGAAACGUAUCAAACUCAAGAGAAGGUGGUUAUUGGGCUUACCUAUCACAAAACGCGAGAGGAAGAAGUUAAGGGAAAAUCGCAAUAGGUAUUUGCCCGAGUUACUCAGAAAAGAUGAUAUGUUUUAUGAGUCUGUGAGAACUCAUGUUGAACGCGCUUUCGGAGCACACUACAUUGAAAGAGAGAACUCUAUCCCUCAGGAUGAUAAAGAUUUGAACCGAAUACCGAACUUAAAUAGGUUGAUAUUAUCGUGUCUUGAUAGUUUGACUACCAAGGGUUUAUACCGUCUUGCUAUGAUAGUUAGUGGGGACACAGCCAAGUGUGAAAGAACUCGAGGUAGUUUGAAAAAGAUUAUCAAGAGUUCUCUUUCAAGUGAUCUGAGACGCGAAAGACUGGAAACUCGUAGAGAGCUUUUUCAACUACUCAACAAUCCUCAACAUUUUCGACAAAGGUGUGAGCUUUUACCUGGAUCCGAGUCCCAAUUUUAUCAUGCUGCUGCAGUGAAGGUGUUGUGUGGACUUGAAAAGUUGCCGUCCCAAACCUUGAUUGCGAUGCGGAGAAAACUUAAAGGAAUUAAAGCACCGAUGCCUCAGUUGCAACCGAGCAAACACGGAUGGGGACGAGGCCAUCUCAUCAAACUAGUUGAUAAAAUCUGUAGGGAGAUGCUUUUAAAACUCGAUGAAGGAAAUGAGUUGCAAAAGCCAUUAGCCAAAGCUAUGUCAGUAGCAGACUUAUCACUAAAACUAAUGUUUGGUUUUGGCAGCAUGUUUUUAGAAGAACUUUACCAGUUCUCGCCUGAAGUGAAGUCUCUGCAGAGUGAUAUUUUGAAUGCUAUAUGGUCUGUUGAGAAAAAGGAAGUAGUUUCAUUGAAAGUGCUGAGAGAUUUACAGCUUCUCAUAGAACCAAAUGCUACAAUCACAAAUAAGAGCUUACGCACAGCUUUUGUGAAUCUUUUGACUGAAUUUCUUUUUGAGUGCAGUGAUAUGGAUAGCACUCCAAAGUCUUUAUUGCAGAUCCUAGAUGUUAUCAACAAGUGUUCUAAUAAAAGCACAGACGAUGUAACAGUCCAGAAGAAGCAUAUUGAAGAAGAAGUUGACUGCAUACUAAGCGUGAGUGCUCAGACAAAUCAAAUUAUUCAAGACUUGUUGCCCGACUGUGAUUUUGACCAGGACUUUACAGAUGCUUAUAUGGAGCAAUCAGAAGAAAGUGACGACAGUGAGAGUGACUGUGAUAGUGAUAAGGAUGACGAUGACGAUGAUAAUCAACAUUUUGAUAACAGGCAAUUUAAAAACGGAUCAUUCAGCACAGCAGAUUCAGACUUCAAAGGAGAAAGUGUUGGGGAUUGUAUGCCAUCUGAGAUCCAUCCUUCUACCACUAAGACCGAGGAAAGGUUGAAUAUUGAUUCUGAAAAUCUUCAACCUAUGGACUGUGAUGCAAAAAAUUUGGAAUCAGAAAUUCGCAACACUAACUAUGUCAAUCAAUGCCAAGAGGGAAGCACAGAGCAGUUUUGUACACCAAUGGCUAGGGAUUCUUCAGUUGUUUCACCUGACAAAGAAUCAGGUGAAAAUAUUGGCAAGAGACAUGAAUUUCACGAAUCUUACACUAAAGUUGAUCCAAGAGAUACAUCUAAUUUUUGUGAGGAGAUGGAACCCCCGGCCACCAAGCACAUCGCACGCAAGAACCAAUACCUUGCAUCCCAAGAUGCUUGUGACAAGACAGCUAUGCUUGCAUAUAAUCUCAUAGGUCAUUUGUUUGAAGAGUUUGCCAUAGCUGAAGGUCUGAACUUAGACUUGAGCAAGAGGUCAUACCUCAGUUGUGAUAAGCAAAUUGAAGAAGCAAAAGAAACUAAUGAACGGUCAUCAUCUAAGAAACGUACUAGAGGCCCGGCUAUUGUUCAAGUGAUUGAAGAGCUUAUUCCUUCCUUUCCAGAUAGUAGCAUGGAAAGACUGAAGAUAUUGAUGGACUUAUGAUCAUGGAACUCAGGCUUUCAGAUUCAACUAGAGAAGUGCAUUUUGAGAAGAAUCUAACUGCGUUGUGGGAGCUUCGAGCUCGCCAGAAAUGAUGGAAAGAAGUGGUUGCCAAAUCCAAUGCUCAGUCUCGAGGCAAAGUACAAACUUCUUAGAAACAUAAUAUGACUUCUAGGGAGUGUUUCGUGCAUAAUACUUUUCAAAGUGUUUUUAUAUGUUGGUACUAGUAAUUCAUGUAGUUUUCUUAUGAGUUGAAGAAAGCUAAAGUCUGUAAAAUACAAAUGUUGUUGCAUUUCUUACCCAUUUUUGGGCAUUGAUUCCAGAUGUACUACUGCUGAAAGCUAGAAAUUGUUAUUUAUUA